UUUGACAUCAGUUGGCUUACGGACUCUGUGUAGUGAGGGUGCUUGCGCUCCGGCGUUCUCGUCCGCGGCAUUCACGUGGAUUUAUUUAUAAUAACUACAAAUAUGAGCUUGGCUGUGCUUCUCCAGGCCGCCGAAUAUAUCGAGCGGCGGGAGAGGGAAAUGGAACAUGGCUACGCAUCGACGCUGCCCAUCCCAGAUCAUUACAGUUACUCCAAAUCUUCGAAGCGAUCACGGUCAAAAUCUAAGCUUCAGAGCAACCGGCGAGCGCACUUACGGACGUGUUUGGAGAAGUUGAAGGAGAUGGUGCCACUCGGUCCCGACGGCUCCAGACACACCACGCUCGGACUCUUAACGCGGGCCAAACACUUUAUUAAGAACCUGGAGGACAAGGACCGGAAGCAGACGGCGCACAAGAACCACCUGGCGCGGGAGCAGCGGUUCCUGCGGCGGCGCCUGGAGUCCCUGGGCACCCACCUGACGCCCGCGGGCCUCGACAUGGCCGAGGUGAUGGGCAAGAGACGCUCGGUGUCCGAGAGCUCGUCCUUAUCUUCCGCCUCCACUUCUUCCUCGUCCUCGGGAUCCUCUACCUCAGAAACAGGUGAGCUGCUCCAGGAUCUGUCUUCCGUGCUGGGGGCCCCCUCGUCACACAACGCUGAAACCGAUGAAGUGGACAUCCUAGGUUACGGCAGCAACCAGAGUGACACGGACGACCACUCCUCCAUCCAGUCCUCGGCCAGUGACGGUGGAGUUACCAUCUCCACACGGCGCCUCACCAUCACUGAGCCUCCCUCACAUGCUCUCUAGGUGAUGGUGGGGACAUAGGAGAGGAUAACUGUGGUGGUGCCAGGCAGUGUUGGAUCUGAGCUAUUUUGGUCUGAGGAACUCCAGAGUAAGGAGAAGCAGGGAGCAGAAGAACACCAGGACUGACAACCUCACCGUACAAUGCUCAAAACACCAUAGCAAGGCAGAGGCUUCAGAACGUUGUAGUAUUGACAUGAAGAAGUCUUCGUGUGGAGUGCUAGAGACAUGCUUCCUUUUGUCCUUUCUCUGUGGUCUCUAAAGGUUCUUGUGGAUGACUUUUCGGAGAGCUUAUGGAGCAGGACACCAACAGCCACCACAACCUUUUUAGAUUUUUAUUUUUUUGUCAUUUAUGCCAAAAAGAAGAUGAUACAAAGCACAUUGUUAUCAUAGAAGAUGUGAACUUAUAUUGAAGAUUUUUAAAUUAUACUGUAUGUGAACGACAGAAGAAAUGUUCGAGAAGUGAUGAGUGAUU